CUAAAAACUUAGAUUAGAUGAAUCAAAAUAAGCAAGACAAUGAUUCCCCCUUAUAUCACUCCUUCACUCUCUUCACUUCACUCACUCUCUCUCUCUCUCUCUCUAACCAUGGCUUCCCUUCAUCAUCUUCACUUGUUGUUCCUCUUGCUGGUCUUGGUUACCCAAAUUUCAGCUCAUCACACCCCUCAAACUUACAUUAUUAGAGUAGACAGCUCAUCCAAGCCUUCCGUGUUCCCAACCCAUUACCACUGGUACACUGCCGAGUUCACUGCACCCACCACCAUCCUCCAUGUCUACGACACUGUUUUUCACGGCUUCUCCGCCGUGCUGACUCCAUUCCAAGCUGCGUCAGUUCUCAAGCACCCCUCUGUCCUAGCCGCAUUCCAAGACCGCCGCCGUCAGCUCCACACCACUCGUUCGCCGCAGUUCCUCGGCCUGCGCAAUCAGCAAGGGCUGUGGUCCGAGUCUGAUUAUGGUUCGGAUGUUAUAAUAGGAGUCUUCGACACUGGGAUUUGGCCGGAGCGCCGGAGUUUCUCCGAUCUGAAUCUCGGCCCCGUGCCCAAACGCUGGAGAGGUACAUGUGAAAUAGGUGUGCGGUUCAAUAGAAAGAACUGUAACAGAAAAAUCGUUGGCGCCAGGUAUUUUUCGAAAGGUCAUGAGGCGGCUUCUGGGUUUGGGGGAAUUGUUGGUGGAAUUAAUGAGACUAUUGAAUUUAAAUCGCCGAGAGAUGCCGAUGGGCAUGGGACCCACACUGCGUCCACUGCUGCCGGAAGAUAUGCUUUUAGGGCAAGCAUGGAGGGCUACGCUUCCGGAAUCGCAAAAGGCGUGGCGCCGAAAGCGCGUUUGGCGAUCUACAAAGUGUGCUGGAAGAAUGCGGGUUGCUUUGAUUCUGAUAUUUUAGCGGCAUUUGACGCCGCCGUGAACGACGGAGUUGAUGUCAUUUCAAUUUCCAUCGGAGGUGGUGAGGGCAUUUCCUCUCCGUAUUAUCUCGAUCCGAUUGCAAUCGGAGCUUACGGCGCCGUCUCGAGGGGAAUUUUCGUUUCCUCCUCAGCUGGAAACGACGGGCCCAACGGAAUGUCGGUGACUAAUCUCGCGCCCUGGCUCACCACCGUCGGCGCCGGCACAAUCGACCGAAAUUUCCCUGCUGAUGUGAUUCUCGACAAUGGAAGAAAAUUCUCCGGCGUAUCUUUGUACGCCGGUGAACCGCUGAAUGGUAAAAUGUAUCCUUUAGUUUAUCCUGGUAAAUCAGGGGUGCUUUCUGCUUCCCUAUGUAUGGAAAAUUCACUUGAUCCUAACCUAGUGAGAGGCAAAAUAGUAAUUUGUGAUCGUGGCAGCAGCCCACGAGUCGCAAAGGGAUUGGUUGUUAAGAAGGCCGGUGGUGUAGGAAUGAUCCUCGCCAAUGGAGUUUCAAAUGGUGAGGGUUUAGUGGGCGAUGCUCACUUGAUUCCAGCUUGUGCUGUGGGCUCCGACGAGGGUGAUCAAAUUAAGUCCUACUUGGCAUCCAAUCCUGCUGCAAGCGCAACCAUUAAUUUCAGGGGCACUGUAGUUGGAACCAAACCAGCUCCGGUCGUCGCUUCAUUUUCUGCCAGAGGGCCAAAUGGGUUGAACCCGGAAAUUCUCAAACCCGAUUUGAUUGCCCCAGGAGUGAAUAUCUUGGCGGCCUGGACCGAGGCAGUUGGUCCGACAGGCUUGGAUGCGGAUACCAGGAAAACAGAGUUCAAUAUCUUAUCCGGCACUUCCAUGGCUUGCCCCCAUGUGAGCGGUGCAGCUGCCUUGCUGAGAUCCGCCCACCCUGAUUGGAGCCCCGCAGCAAUCAGGUCAGCAAUGAUGACAACUGCAAGCUUAACUGACAACUCUUUCAAUCCAAUGCUCGACGAAUCUAGUAAAAAACCUGCUACACCAUAUGAUUUUGGAGCGGGUCACUUGAAUCUUGAUUUAGCCAUGGAUCCAGGACUGGUCUAUGACUUGACCAAUAAUGACUAUGUUAGUUUCUUGUGUGCAAUUGAGUACGGGCCAAAGACAAUUCAGGUGAUCACGAGAUCAGCGGUGAACUGCCCAAUGAGGAAGCCAUUGCCGGAGAAUUUGAAUUACCCAUCAAUAGCAGCUUUGUUCCCGAGCGGGUCAACAGGGGUCUCGAGCAAGACGUUUUUCAGAAUGGUGACGAACGUGGGCGAAACAAAUGCAGUUUACAGGGUGAAGAUUGAGCCACCAAAGGGGGUGAACGUUGGUGUAAAGCCUGGGAAGCUGGUGUUCUCUGAGACUGUUAGGAGACUAGGGUACUAUGUCACUAUAACCAUCGACAGCAAGCAUCUGGUGUUGGAUGAUUCGGGUGCGGUUUUCGGGUCGCUCUCUUGGGUUGACGGGAAGCAUGUGGUGCGGAGCCCCAUUGUGGUAACGCAAAUAGAUCCAUUGUGAAGUUGUGAAUCUUGAAGUUAAUUGGGGUUUUUAUCUGAUAGAAAAAUCCAAAUGGAGCAUUGGCUGAUGCUCAAACUAGGAAAUGGUAGCAUGAUCCAGUUUGAUAAUUAUUGAUGAUGGAUGAUGAGGCGGGGUAGGUAGGUUGUUGGUGUUUCCUCUUGUGGAGGGUGGAUUGUAGAGUAUGAUGGGGGUGGGAUAUAGGAAAUGCAUUUCAGUGUGUUUCUUCUACCUGGUUUUUGGAAGAGUUUAAAUAGUGUGAUGGAUGUAUUUAUAGAUGAUAAUAGUGUUUGUGAUCAUCUUAGUAUCAGCAGUAAGGGUUGUAAGUGCAAGGGAUGCAUUGUUAUUCUAUAGAAUUCGCCUAUAUUUGGCUUUAUGUUUGCUAA